AUGGGGCUCCAGGCUGGGACAAGUUUGCUCCGUGGGGACCUUGUCCUCCUACCCACAGUGGUGGCGAUGCUUCUCCUCUGCGCAAGCGCUGGCCCAGCAGUACCCACUGCCAGCUCCCGGAGUGGGUUCCCCGCUGACUGCAGCCAUCUCCGCAAGACCAGCCCCAGCGGGGUGUACGUCAUCCAGCCGGCAGGGUCUCCCCCACGCGUGGUGUGGUGCGACAUGGACACCGAAGGCAAGGGCUGGACUGUUGUCCAGAGAAACUCUCAUGACACUGAGAUCACAUGGAAGCAAUCCUGGACCACCUACAAGUACGGCUUCGGGAACGUGCAGGGCGAUCACUGGCUGGGCACCGAGUACCUGCACCUGCUGACGCAGCAGGGCACCUACAAGGUCCGCUUCAUCGUGCGGAAUAAAGCCAACGUCACCCAUUACGCCGAGUAUGACAUCUUCAGGGUGGAGAGUGAGGCUAGUGGGUACCCACUGAGGCUGGGCCGGUUUUCUGGUGAUGGGGAUGACUAUCUGACCAGCUAUCACCCCAAGAAGGGGGGCAUACACGACAACAUGAAGUUCAGCACGACCGACAAGGACCAGGACCAGUACAGUGGGAACUGCGCCAACAGCUACGGGGGCUGGUGGUAUGACAGGUGCCAGAACGUCCUGCUCAAUGCCAAAAAACACAUCCUUUGGCCAGGAUUCUGCGAUAAUGGCGACUGCGCAUCCUCCCUCAUCCUGGUCAAACCCACAGACGUGUGCUGA